AUGAAUUCUGUGUUAACCCAAUACGCCGCUCCUUUAUUCGAACGUUAUCCAGUCUUGCACGAUUACGUUCCUACCGUUGACCAUAUUUUCUUUAACUGCAAUUUAUGGGAAACUUUCGAUCAUGUCGUUACUCUUGCCACUCAAGGUAAGUUUAUACCUAGCCAAUUUGAAUUUGUUGUUGGUGAACUCCCAUUGAGUACGUUACCACCAGUUCUAUACACAAUUGCUGCUUAUUAUGUUAUUAUCUUUGGUGGUAGAUUCGCUCUAAGAAACACGAAACCAUUCAAAUUAAAUGGUUCCUUCCAAAUCCACAACUUGUUUUUAACCUCUCUUUCCAUGACUCUAUUGGUGUUGAUGGUUGAACAGCUAGUUCCAAUGAUUUCUGAACAUGGGUUAUACUUUGCCAUUUGUGAUAUUGGUGCAUGGACGCAACCAAUGGUUACACUUUACUACUUGAAUUACAUUGUUAAAUUUAUUGAAUUUACUGACACUAUUUUCUUAGUCCUAAAACACAAAAAACUGACUUUUUUGCAUACUUAUCAUCAUGGUGCAACUGCUCUAUUAUGCUACACCCAACUUACCGGUACCACCUCCAUCUCUUGGGUCCCAAUUACAUUAAACUUGGGUGUCCAUGUUGUCAUGUACUGGUAUUACUUUUUGGCCGCUAGAGGAAUUAGAGUCUGGUGGAAGGAAUGGGUUACCAGAUUCCAAAUCAUUCAAUUCAUCUUGGACAUUGCAUUCAUUUAUUUCGCAGUUUACCAAAAGGCUGCUCAUCUAUAUUUCCCAAGUAUCCCCCAUUGUGGUGACUGUGUGGGUUCCACCACUGCUACAUUUGCUGGCUGUGCUAUUAUCUCCUCUUACUUGGUCUUAUUUAUUGCAUUCUACAUUGAUGUUUACAAGCGUAAAGGUACUAAGACAAGUAGAGUCGUCAAGAGAGCCCAUGGGGGUGUUGCCGCUAAGGUUAAUGAAUAUGUUAACGUUGACCUAAAGAACGUUCAAACUCCUUCCCCUUCACCAAAGGCUACCGCCAGAAGAAGAAAGUGA